AUGCUUCGCAAGACGCAGCUCUUCCGCUUCGCGGCAUCGCACGCUCUGUUGAGCGGUGGUAGCUCGCAUGGCCCCAUGCCGUACCAGGACAAGUCGUACCCGGUGCAGCCCCACAACCUGAACGAGCUCCAACAGCCUCCGGACAGCUGGCGCAAGAGCCCCAUUAUGAGCAAGCUUAUGGACCAGUCUCUUCCGGUGUACGAUGAUGUGGUAACCGGUGUUGGUCGCCUGUACUGGCAGGAGCCAGCGCGCGCGUGGCACCUGUUUGAAGCCGAUGACACCCUCAUGCUGGAGGAGCACGAUCGCGAGGAGUGGAACGACCGGCCGUAUGUGGCAGUGAACCAUCUGUACGAGCCCCCGAUCGGUAGUGAGGAGCGCCCCAUCCGUGUGGAGGGGACUGGCAACCCAGGUGAUCAGCAGAUUGUACUGUGCUUCGGUAACUGUGCUCCGCAUGUGCCACAAUCUAACUACUAUAUGAUGAUGAAGGGUUACAGCAAGACCAAGUGUCCCAUGUGCCAGCAGUGGUUCUACGUACACAACCGCCCUUGGCUGGUGAUGCACCCAGACUGGACUGAUGAGCCGGCCGCGGAUGAGGGUCCGGCCUACACGUUCGCCGAGAUCGAAGCCGAGUUCGACCGCGACUUCCACGAGUUUGGCGUCUACCUCAAUGCUGAGUGA